CGGAAGUGACCCCGAUCAGCGGGUCGGUGUUUCGUGCUGCGGGAGACAUCCAACACUUCCAGGUGGUCUUGGUAGGCACAGAGGUCGACAAACAACAACACACGCGGGCAAUCGCCUGUGUUUACUCAUCAGAGACUGGCGGUUGGGGUGAUAGAAUCUCAACACCGCUGCCAUCCAGAGCUUCUAUGGGUGAACUUCCUAACAAGAUUAACAUGUACUUCACUGUCAGUGUUCUAGUUGGGCAUUCCCUUUAUUGGUUGCUUAGGCACAUAUCGGCAGGAACUUGCACAUUGGAUGGGAUCCUUAAGUUUGAUUUGGAGAGGCAGAUCCUAGCUGUGAUACCAGCGCCAGUGGAUAUUGCCAAGAAUAAUAUUGGUCAACUCCAGGUUAUGCGCGCAGAUGGUGGUGGCCUUGGUAUUCUAUUUCUUUCAAAAUUAAGGGCUCAGUUAUGGAAGAGGGAGACUAAUUCUGAUGGUGUUGCUUCAUGGUUGUUGGGAAGAACUAUUGAACUGGAUAAGCUACUUUCCAUGAAUUCAAAGAAGUAUAGAGGGCCUGUAAUGAUACAAGGUUUUGCUGAGUACAAUAAUGUGGUGUUCCUACGGACAACUAUUGGUGACUUCAAGAUCCAGCUUGAGUCACUGCAGGUCAAGGAAGUUCCCAAUAGCCGCAUCUUGACUCUCUAUUAUCCAUUCGAAAGUGUCUAUGCUGCAGGUAUCUAGAGAGGCAGAGAUGGCUUGUUGGGCGUUCUUCUGUUGCGUGUGGCUGAGAUGAAAUGACUUGUUGGGUGUCCUUUUGCUGUGCUCCCUCUUCGUACUAUGGAGCACACACCGGUGAACUGUGCAGUGGGCUUGCAGGAAUUUAACUGCGUAAUUUGCUAAUCCGUGUCUAUUAUGUUGUGUUGAACUUUUAUCUGGUCCUGGCUACUGAAUGCUGAAUGUUGAGCUGCACCUGCCUGCCUGGUGCCAUUUUCGUUUUUUCUUAAUUUCUUCGAGAUGCGUUGGAUGAAGGAUUCACUGAGUUGGCAAUCGUCUGAAGUAAUUAUUCCAUGAGU